CCAGAUAUGAAAUGGACAGGAAAAUCACCGAUAUGUAAAAGUAAAGGAGUGAGAGAAGUUAAUGAAACAAUAACUAAAACUCCAGUUCCAUCAGAUGUGUUUUUUUUUAAUUCAUUGUGGAAAGGGUUUUAUGAGUAUCUGGGGAAAAGACAACCUGCUACUCUAAUGGUAGAUUGGUUCAAUACAACAAGUAGCAAAGUGAAUGCAACAUUUAUUGAAGCAUCCAACAUCCAACUAAAACUAUCAGGUGAGUUCAGAAUUAGGUAA